AAAGGUAAAUGCAGCACUAAAAGCUCAACUCGAUAAAUUGUGGCACACGACAUCUAUCUACUAUACCGAGCCGAUCUUGGAAUAUGCCGAAAAGCUUACGUCGAAGUUUCCCAGUCAUAUGAAGGCCAAAGCGUUUUGCGCGGGCCAAGUGCACUUGACCGUGAGCUUUAUAUGUACUAAAACGAUAAGAAUUGAGAAAAGCUGUGCUAUGCAUCAGUAA